CAGCUUCUCCUGCGCCUCCAGCCACAGCAGAGUGGCACGGUCGCUGCGGGCUCGUCACGGGACCUGGCCGCCAACCAUGACGUCAAUUACACCGGCCGCCCUGGAUUGAUUGUGGAAAAUGCCACAACUCAGUCUAACGGCCCCCCAGAGAUGACCCGCAACGUGAAAAAAUGGCAGCUGACAAUCGAUGUGCCUCGCAGCGGGCGGCAGAUUGCAGAUGCGCUGAGCGAAUAUGGCUCCGUGGAUGUGGAGCCCAAACCUGACCCGUCUAGACAAGAGCAGCUGCGGGACAACAAAGAUGAAGACUACACCAUUCUUGAGACAGGCGAGAGAGGCCAGCCGAUGUGCUUACGGAAAGGGUUGGGAAAUGACAUUGGUUUCACAAAGAAAUCAGAUGAAGACAUCGAAAAGAAACCCAAACGAAUUCAGAUUUCUGGAGUUCCCAGGGACUGGAUGGCGGAAGAACUGGUUGAUUUCCUCAAACAACAAGGACCAAGGAAGACAUGGGAUGAAAUUAAGGAUCAGCCUCCACAGACGGCCAACACGCGGGGGCGCCCCGCGAAGAGGCAGGCCAAAGAACCCGAUGAGCGACAUCGGUCCAGAUCUGCCGCUGAGAAGCCCGAAAAGGGCGAUGAAAAUAAGGACCCAAUGGAAGUCGAAAAAACGCAGUUGGACUCUCAGACUCAGCCUGAAGCGAUUGACAAGCAGAGUUCAAAGCCAACCUCGCAGUCUCUUGGUAAUUUGACGGAUGCCUUAACCCAAAACUGGACGCUGGCCGAUCAAGGUGGAUGCGGUGACUGUGGGUACCGGGCAUUAAUAGACAACUUUCAUUAUCAAACCACUGGUGAGACUCUUUCCAAAGAAGAAUGCAUCAAAAAUGCCAAUCUAUUUCGUACGGAAGUGGUACGACAUGUUCGCAAACAUCAAGAUAGGUACGAAAACCAUGUCAGAGGUGGGAAAGAGGCCUUUCCUGCCUUUUGUGACAAUGCGUUGAAGCAAACUCACUGGAUAUGUGGACUGCUGCUGCAAGCAGCAGCAGAGGUGAAAUCAUGCUGCAUAGUGGUGUGGAAUCAAAAAGAUGAAGUUCUGGAAAGAUUCACUUUCGCUCCUGAGUGGAGUCCACAGGGGAUGCCCAGAAUGAAAAAAGAAGCACCAAUCCUGGUGGUGUACAGAAACGACAAACAUUAUCAAUCCGUCCGACCACCCCAGGAUCAGGACGGCAUGACUAAGGUGCCCAAACACUGGGCGCGAGAGACAGCCAAACCCGAGGCCGAAGCACUUGGAGGCGCUGGACCAAGCGUUGGAGAAUCGCCUAAAACCCUGCACACGCUCUCCCCUGGCUCUUCCCAUGCUCCUUCGCUCCAUACUCUCCCCGCCUCCUCCUUUCGCGGAUCCUCGGGUGGGGGUGUGAUGAUCACGCGCGCGCCGUCCCUGCACUCCUUGGUUCCUUCCGCGUCUUCUCCUCCGCGUCUGCGCGCGGUUGUGCACGGCCAUGCGGCGGGUGGUGGUUCUUCGGGUGCCCUUGCGCGACCCCAUCCUCCGCGCUCCCCCUCUCUUCUUACCUUGGCUGCCUCCCCUCACUCCUGCGACCGGUCGGGUACUAAGGACAAAGGCGCAGUCAAAAAUGACAACACAGAAUGCGACUUUCGCCCUGACACUGCUCCAUAUCCUCGACACCUCAAGCGGCUGGAUGCUAAAUCACAGUCCCGACCUCGGAACUUCCUGAAAGUGGCAGAGCCUGGAGUUGCCCAGAAUGCGGGAAAGGCGGCGCAAGCUGCAGGGCACUUAGUUACUGAGGUCCUUCCGCCGGAUGCCAUGGCUGCUGCCCCUGACAUGCUGCAGCGAGUGUCUCCGGCCUUACUGAGGAUUCUCAGGGAAUUUUGGGCCGAUAUUUGGAAUAGACGUCAAAUCUCUUGGGAUGAUAUUUGGGAUGAUUUGGUUACUCACACUCCACCACGCCCUGCUCCUGACAGCUGGCCAAGCCUCACACCGGAACAACUCCGUUCUGCCACCAAGUGUAGCCGCGGCAGUGCGCCGGGGCUUGACGGCUGGAGAGCUGAGGAACUUAGUUUGUUCAGUGACGAAAUGUGGCAGGAUGCCGGCUGUCCUCCAGAAACAGUUUCCACUUCCAUCACCUUGUUGGGAUUCCAGUUCAUGGGAGUGACCCAAAGAAAAGCCAAAGACCGAGAACUGACAAGACUCACUGAGGCCAAAGAAGUUCUUCGAAAAUGUAGGUGCCUCCCAGGUUCCAAAACACGUAAAGCUGCAGUUGCCAGGGUUUGUGCCCCAGCAAAAGCAAGUUGGGGAUGGCUGUUUCGAAGACCCACUCAUGCUGAAAGCAACGCUUUCUUUCAGGGAGCAAAAGCGCUGCAUCAGUGGCCAAAGCAGUCAGCCGUACCUUUACUCCAAAUUUUUACUGGCCAUUGGUGGGACUUAGGUUUUGCUGCCACGGUUACGACUCUCCGAGUCCUCACCCGCUAUGUUCACAAAACACAGAUGCAGUUGCAAAACUGGCCACCCAAAAUGAGUGGCUGGACGGGUAGCUUUAGAAAAGGCAUGCAAGAACUUGGGUUCGCUGAGGCUGGUAGUUGGACCUGGACGCACCCGAUGCUUGAAACUAUUCAGAUUCAACCAACCACGCUGCCUGAAAAGGCGACCGAAGUGCUGUCACAUAGGCUCAGAGAUGCUUGGCGAAUCAGAAAAUAUGAGGAAUUCUUGGAACUUGACCGACGCGACUCAACGGUUUGUGCAGACAUUCCAUGUGACCUGACCCGCAUUAAUAUUCUGCGCAAGAAAAAACUCAACAGUCACGAACUGGCUGUUGUAACUGGUGCUUUCAUUUCACCUCAAUGUCGAAAUGCCAUGGGAGGUGCUGAAGAAACAUGCCCUUAUUGCCAACAUGUUUGUGCCACUGUGCAGCACAUGCUUUGGGAAUGUACUCAGAACCCACACCGUGAUCCUACUAUUAGACCCCACGAUGUGCUGCAGGAAAGACUCGCAUGGCCCACUACUGAUCCUACUAAGGUGGACCAUGACAACAAACUUCUAAGGUUUGCAGCUGCAACACGUGCUGAUGUGUUGCAGCAGCGCCACGACGACUAGAACCACCUCCAUUCUAUUCUGGCGAUCGCCUCUGGCCUGCGCUGCGGCUGCGGGCAAGUGCGGGCAGCGUCAUUGUCUACAUCAUCAUCAUCAUCA